AUUUUGGAUUUUAGGUUUUCAAAACUAAUUUUUUCUCUGAUUUUUGAUUUAACAUUACUCUAAAAUAUGGACCGCUUCCAGUGGUGGGAAGAUAUUACCCAACCAGGAGAGACUGAAAUAGCAGAACAGGUUGGCGUAAAAUUAUAUGAUGGCAAUAAAAAAACACUUUACGAAUCCGGUGUAUUGACUCUAUCGAGUCAUAAACUCCGCUGGAAAGAUGACAUCAAUCCAAAUACCGACAUGGUUCUACACUUAUCACAUAUUGUGUUGAUUGAAAAAGAAAGUGCAACUUGGACUAAGAGUGCCAAAAUAAUUGCACACCUCAGUGCAAUUCUUGAAGAAGAUAAAAAGCCUGGUCCUGUUAAAUACAGCCCUUUUAAUUAUGUGAAGUUUUCUUUCAGAUCUGGCGGUGACAAAGAAUUCUUUAGUUUACUCACUGAAGCUUUAGCGCGUAAAGCGUGGGAAGACCUGUCUGCAAACUAUCCGAAGGGUAAGCAGUACCGUGCUGGCAUAGUUGGCAUCGAGAGACAAAUUCGAGAUAAAAAUGAAGCAACUGGCGAAACUAUAUCAGAAGCAUUUGAAGAUCUUAAAGCACUCAUGAAAAUGGCUAAAGAGAUGGUCAACCUGUCUAAGAUGGUAUCCCAGAAAUUGAAAGAAAAGCAAAGCGAUAUCACUGAGGAUGAAACUAUACAGUUUAAAUCUUAUUUGUUAAGUCUUGGUAUUAGUGAUCCGGUGACUAAGGAGGAGUUCGGCUCUGGAAGUGCAUUUCACACAGAAUUAGCCAAGCAAUUGUCAGUGGCCCUGAUGAAACCUUUACAAGAAGCGGGUGGCAUUUUGUCCUUGACAGAAGUAUAUUGUAGAGUCAACAGAGCUAGGGGUGUUGAGCUCAUUUCGCCAGAAGAUUUGUUGAAUGCUUGCUUGAUGUUAGAUAAGCUUAAGUUACCCAUUCAGCUGCAUCAGUUCGAUAGUGGAGUGAUGGUUCUACGUUUGGAAUCUUAUGAUACAGCUUCAGAAGCAUUGAAGGCUGUUGAUAUUCUAAGUGAGAAAGGAUCACUAACAGCUGAUGAGCUGUCUAUAAUUUCUAAGGCGACUGUUGUUAUUGCGAAAGAAAGAUUGCUGUAUCUUGAAAAGGAAGGAAUCGUUUGCAGAGAUGAUUCGAUUGAAGGAUUGCGAUUUUAUCCCAAUCGCUUCAUUUCUGAGUAGGAUUUCAAAACUCAUGAUUGUGUUCGAAUUAUAUUCACAUAUCCAAAUUUGCACUGUUAAUAAGACUUUUGUUUUAAAGAUUAUUAUAUGAACCGUAAAGGAAAUGACAAUUUACAUAGGUAAUUUGAUGAAGAAUUGAAAUUUUAUGGUAUAUGUUUGUUUUUUUUAAAGAAGACUAAACUAUCUUCAUUUUUCUUGCUUUUUUCAAUGUUAUUUAAUUUUCCAAUAUCUGUUAUUGAAGAUAAGAUUUGUGGUUGUGCAAAAACUUUCUUUUCUGGACAAAAUUUCUUAUGAUUGUUCCAUCAUAUAUUGUUGAAAUGACUUUUGUGAUUAUUUGUUCUAAGAUAAAUAAGAAAAGUUGCUUCUAGAAAAAAUUCAAUUUGAGGAGGGUGAUUUUAUGUAAAUUGCUGGUAAACUAGCUCUCAUGAUUUUUUUUUUUAAAGAGAGGACUUGUAUUUUAAAAAGUGAUCACUGUUUAAAAAGCUACAGCUGGUCAGAGACCUUAAAUUUGCUUUAUAGUUUUGGUAUUACCUGAAGUUUUGUGCAUGAAAAACUAAAACCUGAGAUAAGGGCAAACUUGAAAAAUUUGUAACAGCCUCUAAACUGGCCAUGUGUAUGUGUAUUUAAUACAUGACAGGUAAAAAAUGGAGUAGUAGUACUUUUGCAUUAAAUGUUCAAUAAGAAUAAAAGUUCACAAUUAUGAAAUAUUCUAGUAAGCAGCGAAUGAAAAAGAUUGAUACUAAGCUUACAAAAAUUAAAAAUUACUAAGUCAGGAUAAAACUAUAAUAUGGUUCAUGUUAAUCCUAAUAAUCUGGAAAUCUUAAAAUACAUGUUAUUAAUUAAAACAAAUUUUAAAGGAGAAGUUAUUGAGGAAGAACCAAUCACUUUCCAAAUUGAAUUUAAAAAUUCUUAUGUUUGUCCUAACAGUACCAAAUAUCAUAAUACUCAUGAAACUUAAUAUGACUUGUUAAAUAAUUUGUUUUGUUAUAAAUAUUCACAUUUAAAAAAUAAAAUCUAUAUAUUAAGAGAUAAUAAAAUCAGGGAGAACACAGAAAAUUUGGAUAUAUACAGGGUGUCUGCGCACCUGGAAAGUCAUGGAUUUUGGUAACAAAAUUUGUCAUGAAAUGUCACGAUUUUAAACAUUCUUAAAAAAAAAAUCUGGAAAAACUUAACAUGUGGAAAAUGACCAACCUUAGAAAUGUCUAUAACAGUUGUUGGCCAUUGAAAUUCAAAUGAAAUAAUUCUAAUAAGUAUAAUAAACUGAUAUAUUUA